GCGGGGCUCAGGUGCCGAGCAGCCGAGGCCGGGCUCCGACGGGGGAGGGGGCGAACGCGGGAGGGAGGCGGGAGCGUGUGGGGAGGGGGUGACGCCGGCGACGUCGGCUGCGCGAGGUUCCGCGCGUGAGCGGCGCGGGCGCUGGGCCUGGGCACCGAGCUUUCCCCGCCGGCUGGCAGGUCUCGACGCCGGCUCCUGAGGAGUGCGGGCAGCAGGGAGGUGUCGGUGUCAGCGGUGUAGUCGACGGCUGCUCCGGCCAUGGAGGAGACGCAGCCGCUGCCACAGCCUGAGCUGUCGCUGUGCGACAGCCUCGUGAUCUGGCUGCAGACGUUUGAGAUUGCCUCGCCCUGUCAGGAUAUCAAACAGCUGACUAGUGGAGUCGCCAUGGCACAAGUUCUUCAUCAAAUUGACGCAGCUUGGUUCAACGAAUCUUGGUUAAGCCGAAUUAAAGAGGAUGUUGGUGAUAACUGGAGAAUAAAGGCUAGUAAUUUAAAGAAGAUUCUUCAAGGGAUUGUGGGUUAUUACCAUGAGUUUUUAGGGCAGCAGAUUUCUGAAGCACUUAUCCCUGAUUUAAACCAAAUAACUGAAUGUUCAGAUUCUAUGCAGCUGGGGAGGUUGCUUCAGCUUAUUUUAGGUUGUGCGAUCAACUGUGAAAAGAAGCAAGAACAUAUUCAAAAUAUAAUGACCCUGGAAGAGUCUGUUCAACAUGUGGUCAUGACUGCUAUUCAAGAGCUCAUGAGCAAAGAAAUACUGAGCUCUCCUACAAAUGAUGCUGUUGGGGAAUUAGAGCAACAGCUUAAAAGGGCCUUGGAAGACCUUCAGGAAGCGCUAGCAGAGAAGGAGGAGCUGAGGCAGCGCUGUGAAGAGCUGGACGUGCAGGUGACUGCACUUCAAGAUGAAAAAAAUUCACUAGUUUCUGAAAAUGAGAUGAUGAAUGAGAAACUUGACCAGCUGGAUGGCUCUUUUGAUGAUCCAAAUACAAUGGUUGCAAAAAAGUAUUUCCAUGCCCAGUUACAACUAGAACAACUACAGGAAGAAAACUUCAGGCUUGAAGCUGCAAAAGACGAUUACCGUGUUCACUGUGAGGAGCUUGAAAAGCAGCUGAUUGAGUUUCAGCACAGGAACGAUGAGCUGACGAGUCUUGCUGAGGAGACAAGAGCCCUGAAAGAUGAAAUCGAUGUUCUCAGGGCUACUUCAGAUAAAGCAAAUAAACUGGAGUCAACGGUUGAGGUAUAUCGUCAGAAGCUGCAAGAUUUGAAUGACCUCCGCAAGCAGGUGAAGACGUUACAGGAGACCAACAUGAUGUACAUGCACAACACAGUCAGCUUAGAGGAGGAGUUAAAGAAGGCAAACACAGCCCGCACACAGUUAGAGACGUACAAGAGGCAGGUUCAGGAUCUUCACAUUAAGCUUUCCUCUGAAUCCAAAAGGGCAGACACACUGGCAUUUGAAAUGAAGCGGCUUGAAGAAAAACAUGAAGCUCUACUUAAGGAAAAAGAGAGACUAAUAGAGCAGCGAGAUACUCUGAAAGAAACCAAUGAAGAGCUUCGAUGUUCACAAGUACAACAGGAUCACCUAAACCAAACAGAUGCAUCUGCUACCAAGAGUUACGAGAAUCUUGCUGCUGAGAUUAUGCCGGUGGAGUACAGGGAGGUGUUUAUUCGACUGCAACAUGAAAAUAAGAUGCUUCGCUUGCAGCAGGAAGGUACUGAGAAUGAACGUAUUGAAGAACUUCAAGAGCAGCUGGAACAGAAACACCGCAAGAUGAAUGAACUGGAGACUGAGCAAAGGUUGAGCAAAGAGCGUAUCCGAGAAUUGCAGCAGCAGGUUGAAGAUCUCCAGAAGUCUUUACAGGAACAAGGCUCCAGGUCUGAAGGCGAAAGUUCCAGCAAAUUAAAGCAGAAGUUGGAAGCUCAUUUGGAAAAACUAACAGAGGUCCAUGAAGAAUUACAGAAGAAACAAGAGCUCAUUGAAGAUCUUCAGCCAGAUGUAAAUCAGAAUGUGCAAAAGAUCGAUGAACUUGAAGCUGCUCUUCAGAAGAAAGAUGAAGAUAUGAAAGCAAUGGAGGAAAGAUAUAAAAUGUACUUGGAGAAAGCCAGAAAUGUAAUAAAAACUUUAGAUCCCAAAUUAAAUCCAGCAUCAGCUGAAAUAAUGCUACUCAGAAAGCAGUUGGCAGAGAAAGAGAGAAGAAUCGAGAUUCUGGAGAGUGAAUGUAAAGUAGCAAAAUUCCGUGAUUAUGAAGAAAAACUCAUUGUUUCUGCUUGGUAUAACAAGAGUCUCGCAUUCCAGAAACUGGGCAUGGAGUCCAGGCUCGUGAGUGGCGGCGGCGCUUGCAAAGAAGCCGGCGCGUGCGCCCCCGCGCGGUCCUUCCUGGCCCAGCAGCGGCACAUCACCAACGCCAGAAGAAGUCUCUCUGUCAGAGUUCCUGCUACAACACCUGAUUAAACUGCAAAAGGAAAGAUAAACAGAAGUGCCCUUAAAAUAUUUUGUACUUUUCAACUAACUACCAGAUUGAAAAAGAAGUUUAUGAUGCUGGAUGCCAAGUAUUUCAAAAUCAAAAUGCAUCAAAUUAAUUUUUCCAGCUGACUUUGAAAACAGUAUAGAAUUAGCUAUUUCUCUGGGGGAGCACGUUUGAAUAAUUGGAAGAUAUAGUUACACAAACAUCUCAAACGUUUGUCUUUUGAGAAUAUUAUAAUUUCAUAUUGACUUUGUAUAUUUUAAUGUUUUCAGUUGUACCAGUAAAUUAAUUUGCAAUAUGUAAUCAGUAAUAUGAAUUUUAAAACAGAUCUAGAUUUGUUGUAUUUUCUUUUUGGUUCAUAUAAAAAAUAGUCUUGAGGUAGGCACGUCAUGAACCAUAUAUGUGGGUGAUGUCUUGGGAUAAGUGUGAGGCUUCAUUUCCAUCCCCCAGCUCCUUCAUGGAGUGUGUACACACACUUCGUUAUGUCAUGGAAAAUAUGUUUGGAAUAUUUGUUACUGGCAUUAGUAAAAGUGACUAAUUGAAAAUUUUUCAGAUUGUGAAGCGGUCCCAGUUCUCGAAUGCACUUCCUGUAAGCCAGGGCUUCUGGACAGCACGGGUACAAUGUUAAGAGUAGGAAAUAAAUUGACAUUUGUAAGAGGUAACUUCCUGAUGGAAAGCAGGCUAAAAAAUACAUUUUGUGUUAAUGUUUACAUAUUCCUUAAUGUCAUUCGUAAGAGUUCAGUUAUUUGAAGCAUAAAAUUAUGGCUUGUGCUAAAAAAAAAUAUAUAUAUAUGGUAUUAUAUAAUAGUUUUACCUCUUUAUUGAAAAAAGAUAUAAUGAUGGAAAUACUUGGGAUCGGUUUGAUUUCUGUUUACUGAUUGAAGAGUUUGUCUUGCUUAGUUUGUGGUAUUCAGUUCAUUUCUGCCUGAAGGUCUUCUUUACAAAGGUUAUUACUUUUGAAUUUGGGGAUCAUUUUUCAAAGUUACCACCUUGGAAUUUCUGUUAAGUUGUGUUAAAUCUAUGUAGUCCUAUAUUAUAGCCACAAGACAUGUGUGGCAAUUGAAAUUAAAUUAAUUAAAAUUAAAAAUUUAGUUCCUGGUUGCACCAGCCACAUUUCAGACAUUCAGUAGCUACAGGACGCUGUGGCUUCUCUAUCAAACCAGACAGCAAUAGAACAUCUCCAGCAUUGCAAAAUGUUCUUUUGGACAGCACCAUGCUAAGUCUUUUUAUAACUUAGAAAUACUCUUUGAUAUUAGGCUACAAAAAUUAAAAAAAAAAGAAAAAUUUUAGGACUGUUUCCAUUGUAAAAAGGAAAGUGAAUUGUGACCUAAUGAACAUCUUCCAUUCUGUGUAGUGGAAUAGCUUAUGCUGUGACAACCACAGUUAAUCGUUCCUGUGCUGCUCAGCAAAGGCGUACGCAUCUGCAGUAUGUCUAAGCAAGGGUGAGUGAGCAUUCUGUGAAGGGGCGGGUACUAAAUAUUUUAGUAAAUCCCAUAGGUUUUGUGAACUGCACAGUGUCUGUUCCAGGUACUCAACCCUGCCGUUGUCAGCUGAGAGCAGCUAUACACACAGUGUAUAAACAAAAUGCGCCUGGUUGUGUUUCAGUGAAACUUUCUUUACAUAGACAGGUGGUAGGCCGGAUCUGGCUUGCAGGUUGUAGCUGUGGUCUAGAUUUUAUUCUUAGCCUUUCUUUGCAAAUACAGUCUAAGUCUUGUUCCAUUUAUAGUAUUACUCAUUUAGAUACCUGGUUUUUAGAUUCUUGCCUAGUAAUUUUUUAGUAACUGAAAAUGGAAAUUUCAUACUGCAUUCGGGUCUCUAAGAUUAGGGAGCAUCUGUCAGGAUAUUGUGUUUUAUCAGGGUUACUUCUGUUGACUACCUCUUAGAUUUUGAUGUAAUUACAUUGUUGAUUUGCAUUUUCAUGUGUUCUGGUAGCGUCUGCUUGCCUACGACUUUUAGUGAAAUGAAAUAAGUCUUUGAAUCGGCGGUGCCUGUGGCUCAGUGAGUAGGGCGCCGGCCCCAUAUACCGAGGGUGGCGGGUUCAAACCCGGCCCCGGCUAAACUGCAAUCAAAAAAAUAGCUGGGCGUUGUGGCGGGCGCCUGUAGUCCCAGCUACUCGGGAGGCUGAGGCAGGAGAAUCGCUUAAGCCCAGGAGUUGGAGGUUGCUGUGAGCUGUGUGAGGCCACGGCACUCUACCGAGGGCCAUAAAGUGAGACUCUGUCUCUACAAAAAAAAAAAAGAAAUAAGUCUUUGAAAAUACUUUAGCAUGCUGUUCAAAAUUUUCUAAGUAUGGUGGCAUUUUGGUAUGUUUUGGUUAGUGAAGACACCUGCCCCUUUAGUGUUUCUAUACUUAUAAUUGAGAUUUUAUGAGCUCUUCAAGCUCUCUUUUAAAGGAAUUUAUUGUAAAACAUUAACUUUAAUAAAUUAAUGUUUUCAUAGUUCAGUUGCUCAUAAAUUUUCAAUUAUGAUACUCGGAAUUUUUACAUAAUACGAUUUCUGAAUGAGGAUAUAAGGCUAGAUUGAUUUUUUUUAAUACAGAAAAAGCAAAUUUUCUGAUUUAUCACUUUUCUAGGUGAUAAGUAGAAUUUAAAAUGUUUGAUUUAUAAGUAUUUAUACAAGACUAAUAUAAUUUAAAAUUCUAUAUUAUUGUGAUUAAUCAUACAGAUCAGGAACUGAUCAGAAGUGAGAUUCUUUCCACAUCUGGUUAAUGUAGUGAGAUUGACACCCUGUGGGUGGUAAGGCAUUAUAAAUAUUUCAUCAUAAACCAUGAUUUAUAUACAUCUGUGUUAUAAGAGAAGCUUGAUGGCAUAUAACAUGGAAGAGAUUUUUGAAGUUCAUCUAUUUGAUAAGGAAUUAAGCUACUUGGUGAUUAUAAAGUUAAACCACAGAUGAAUUUGAAAGUGAUCUUUAAUUGUGAGCUUUUGUUCUAAGAUUAAUAUUCCUUUGUCUUUUUAAAAUAAAAGUUGUAUAAAUAUGACAGUGAUGUCUAUCCUGAGAUUAAAAUAAUGAAUUGAGAAAUUUAUUUGAAGUGUAUUCUAUUUUUCAAUGAAUAAGGCUGUCAAAUUAAUGAUUUAAUAGAGAUUAAGAAUUAAUGUCUAGAAUUAAACUGAGUAUUCUUCAUUACGAUGUCAUCUUUGAUAACUGGAGCACUAAUUUGAAUGUUAGUUAAUGUUCCCACCUCUACACCUGUUUCUAUGUAGGGCACAUCUGCCCCUAUGGAGGGGGGUGGCUUUUAGGCUACAAUAUUUGUUAGGUUCUCUAUAUGUAUAUUUAAUGAGAAGCAUUCCUAUGUAAAAAUAUGUGUAUAUGGUUGUACGCAUACAUUCUUAUUGUGAACUUGUACAUUGCAAAGAAGUAGUUUGCAAAUUUGUAAAGCACAAACUAUAAAAGAAAAUAAUGUAAACUUGAUGUUCCAUAAAUGUAAUGUCUAGUUUAUAAAAGGUCCUUUCUAUUUUCUAUGGCAAAGACUUUGACACUUGAAAAAUAGAAGCAAUACUUGAUUUAUUUUUUUAAGUAUUUAGGAUAUUAUUUUAAAUAAAUGAUUGUCCAGUAACGAUAUAAUACUUGUGAAAUGUUUUAAGUAAAUAAACUUUCUGCUUCUGUGUCUGUU